AUGGUCAAUGCCGGGCGAAUAUGCUGUAUAGCAGCACCUUUCCUCCUCUCGAUCGGCGUCCUAGUAUGUGUGGUCCUUCUCUUCGUGGCCGGGGCGUCUAGCGGCGAUAAAGGACUCAAUGAUCUAUAUUUCCUAAAGAUCGACUUGACAAACCUCACCCUGGGCUCCUCAGCCAACCUCCUCAGCGAUAUAGAUGGAGCUAACACCACAAUUCUUGGGGGUGCCCUCCAGGCGGCCAAACAAUCCCUGGGCAUGAAAGAUUACUACACAAUAUACUUGCGAAGUUACUGCAGCUGGAAUGGCAAUGACGUUUAUGCGAAUUGCACCGACCCAAAGGCAUACUUCUGGUUCAACCCCAUUGAGAUCUGGGGCUUGAACAGCACCGGGGUCGCAGUCGACGACUACCUCCCCAAGUCCUUCCGCGACGGUCUGGACACCUAUCAUGCCGCCAGCAAGGCCGUCUUCAUUCUAUAUGCCGGCGCCCUGGCCGCGUCCUGCGUUACUAUCGUCGUGGGCCUCUCUGCCGUGUUCUCACGCUGGGGAUCCUUCUUCACUGCUUUCUUUGCCGCUGCCAUGGCUCUCUUCGUCAUAGGCGGCUCCACCACGGCCACCGCAGUCUACAUCGUGCUUAAAACAGCGCUCAACCAUACGCUGAAGAAGGACUACGGCGUCAAAUCUACUAUAGGCACCAAAUCCCUGGCAGUCACUUGGAUUGGGGCCGCCUUCGCCGUGGCCGCGGGCUUCUUCUGGCUUUUGUCCGUCUGCUGCUGUAGUGGCCGAAGCCCCUACAACCCUGGCAGCAAAGAGGCCAGGCGUACUCGUGCCGAAAAGACCCCGUAUACGUACGAGAGAGUCGGGAGUCCGUAUCUCGGUCCCAGCGAUAACCAAGCCGUUCCGUUGACCCAUCUCGGUCCUGGGCGGCAUGGCGGUGGUUACGCUCCCCCUCAUCCACAAGGUAGUGCUUAUGAGCCGUUCAGACCGCAGGGUGUGUAA